AUGGAAGGUGCGGACACUUGCGCCGUCAACAACGCGUCGGCCAACGUGUCCACGCACAGCGUCCCGUUCCACGGGAGCAGCACCCUGCUGACGGCGGUGAUCUCCAUCGCCGUGUUCGCGGUGGGUCUGGCGGGAAACAGCCUGGCCAUCUACGUGCUGCUGUGCUGCGCCAAAAUGAAGACGGUGACCAACAUUUACAUCCUCAACCUGGCCGUGGCCGACGAGCUGUACAUCGUGGGGCUGCCGUUUCUCACCACGCAGAACGUUCUCUCCUACUGGCCGUUCGGGUCCUUCCUGUGCCGGCUGGUCAUGACCGCCGACUCCAUGAACCAGUUCACGUCCAUUUUCUGCCUCACCGUCAUGUCCAUAGACCGCUACCUGGCCGUGGUGCACCCGAUCCGGAGCUCCAAUUGGAGGCACCCGCGGGUGGCAAAGGCGGUGAGCGCGGCGGUGUGGGCAGUUUCUUUCGUGGUGGUCCUGCCGGUGGUCAUCUUCUCUGAUGUGCAGGACACAUUUAACUCGUGCAACAUGAUCUGGCCGGAGCCGGCAGACGUGUGGUCAACAGCCUUCAUCCUCUACACCACCACCAUCGGCUUCUUCGGACCUCUGCUCAUCAUCUGCCUCUGCUACCUGUUGAUCGUCGUCAAGGUGAAGUCGUCAGGAGUGCGGGCGGGCUUUACCUCGCGGCGGCGCUCCGAGCGCAAGGUCACUCGGAUGGUGGUGGUCAUCGUGGUGGUGUUUGUGCUGUGCUGGCUGCCCUUCUUCAUCAUCAACAUCGUCAACCUGGUGGUCAUCAUCCCAGAGUCCAGCGCCACGGCGGGGAUUUACUUCUUUGCGGUCAUCCUGUCCUACGCCAACUCCUGCGCCAACCCGCUGCUCUACGGCUUCCUGUCGGACAACUUCAAGCAGAGCUUCAGAAGAGUGCUGUGCGUGAAGAAGGGGAGGCGCAAAGCCAACGAUGUGGAGGACGGUGACCCAAGUGCUCGCCGCGUUGCGAGGUCAAAGCCAACUGACUGCGCCCCUCACUCUCCUCAUACUCGGGUGUCCCAACGUCCUCAGAGCAGCCAGAUCUCUCCUCAGCCUCCAGACCCUCCAGCUCGUCCCACAGCCCCUGACUUGAACUGUUGCCAGUCUUCCUCUGUUUUCCUGGGACCCCCGAGGGCAACCACAACAGUUACUGAAACCCAUCUGACAACCCAGGCUGAAGUCCCCGCCAUCAUCACCCAAACUCAAUCUCCUGCUGCUUCUUAAAUAAUCCUUCAUGCGGAGUUGCCACCAUUUUCUGUGGAGGAUGAAAGCAUGUGUUGUAUGAAACACAAAUAAGUUACACUCACGUAUGGAGCACAAGUAAUGCAAAUGUGUUUGGAAUCAAACAACCUCAUGCAUAGUUCCAUCUGUUACACAUACAGUAGGCUGACCAUAUUCUGAAAUCCCAAAAAGAGGCGGGCAGCACGCCAAGGCCGGGACUAGGUGAAAAUUUGCCAAUGAUACUCUAACUUGCUUUAUAAAUGAUAUAUUUAUUUAAAUAAAGCAUUUUUUCUCCUCUGUUGACAGCAGUGUUGGCGGUAGGAAUUUUCAAAAUGAGGUCCCAGGGAACCCAUCAAGUCAUAAAAAUGGGGUCCCACAGUAAAUUUUUGGGGUCCCACUUUUUUGUAAGCGUUUUGAAAACAAAUGAUAAACGUAUGCAUUGUUCUGUUGUAUCUCACAUUCUAUAUUGUGUUUUGGAAAAAGGUUGUCAUAAACGUUACUUAAUUCAUUAAAAAAGAUAAUACAAAAGAAAACAAAUGUGUAUACAUAUAUAAAUGUAUUCAGUUAUAAACAUUCAUUCACUUUCUUCUUCCUUCAUGGAUCUAAACUUUACCGCUGCUGGUAGUUUUUUCUAUGUUUUUAUUUAAUAAGUUGUAGGUGUAUUUAUUUCAGUAUAAAAGUGUAAAAAGUGUUUUACUUGGGUCAUGAAAUGAUGAUAAUAGUGUGCCAGGGCAUACAUACAUUUUAUAUUUAACGCUUAAAUCUCCGGAGUCUACAUCAACUUCAGUUCUAUUCCUCAUUUCAAAAUGUUUUAGUUUUUUUUAUGUUGUUUUUUUUGUUUGUUUGUUUUCCACCCUUUUUUGUCAAACAAAACUAUAUUUUUUAUGGCAAACACACAAAAUAUGCAAAAUCUUCCACCAAAAAUAUUUUUUAAAGUGGAAUAUUUGAUGUGAAGUAAUCGGAACUUUUGAUAGGUCAAUAAUUCAUAAUAACAUUGAUUUUGAUUCAAUAUUAUGUUUUGAGCAAUGACCGUUUGAAAGAAAAAAAAAAACAGCUUUGUUUUAUUAGUCAACAUUGCAACUUUUUCUAAAUUACAUUUCACCUUUAAGCUUUUUUAUUUCACUUUAGUUAUGUUUUUGUUUAUUUUAAUAGUAUUUUUAGAAUGCGCCGUGGGCCUUUAAAACAUUAGCUGUGGGCCACAAAUGGUAAAAAUGUUUUAAAAAAAAUUAAUAAUCUGCGUCCUUUCUGAUUUCAAUGCGUUAAAAAGACACAAAAAGUGCGUUAACGCCAACACUGCUUGACAGUAUAACAAAAUAAGUCACACUUAUAUUCUGUAACAUUCACACUUUUGGAAAAAAAAGUGCAGAGGUAGAAAUAUUCAAAAUAACCUCUUGUAUAUAAUGUAAACAUAAAUAAUGCCUCAAAACAAGUUAAUUAAAUUUAAACAAAAAACAGCAGACGAGCUCUCGCCCUGCACAGCUGUUUUGUGCUUUGUAGUGUCCAUAUGGGCUUGUAGAUCGUUGGCCCCUUUAUUUGCCACAGAUACAUACGUUCCUGCUUUGCACACAGUGCAUUCUGCUUCCCAUGUGUCACGGCCAGGACGAAAACAUGAAUACUUUUCCCGCUAAUCAUCCGUGAAGUUGCAUUUACGUUUCAGCAUUUCUUGUUCUCAUGUCUGUCUCCACUCACUAGCUCUUUCGCUCUGUGUCUCUGCCCCUCCCUCACGAAUGUUGCUACAUGCGCGCACCUUCAGGUUUUUUUUUUUCAACCCUUUCUUAACUUAACCCUGGACGUACAUUGAAAAUACACGCAACCCUAAUUCAAAAUGCCGGACAUUUGAGGCAUUUAAGAAACCCCGCCCGGACACCCCGGACACCCCCGCAAAAGAGGACAUGUCCGGGGAAAAGAGGACGUAUGGUCAGCCUACAUACAGUAUGAACCUGCAUGGAUUUUCCUCAAUACAUUCCACUGACAUAAGUGCCUUUUAGCCACUCUGAUCCUACAUAGACAAAAGGAACAUGCAUACUUUGCUUCUUGCAAAUUUACUAGUUUCUGUUAAAUUUUGAAGGCUAAUUAUCUUUGUGGAACCUCUUUUCAUUAUCUUGCUUUCUGCUCAUUUGUACGAAACAUGAAGGUUUGAUAAGUCUUCAACAACUCCCCUAAUUAGCGUGUAAUGCUCUGCUCUUCAGAAGACUGAAGUGUCAAUUUGCCAGUGUAUAUGUGAAAUGUGGGAUGUUUGUCUACUGUGAAGCACCGUGGCUUAUUAAUAUAGCACAAGGUUAUUGUUCAAAUAAGUAAUAUUUCACCUAAUGUAUGUUUUCUAUACAGAUGUUAUUUCAAACGGUUGUAACCAGUGCCUGUGAAAUUCAUUAGUU